UGCAGGAUGUUAUGAAAGUGUAAACAUGGAGGAUGAUUUCAAGACUUGCUGCUAUCGAAUACAAAUCGCCCCGUGAUCAAUUUGAUAGAUUAUUGACGUUUAUUAAUACCUAAAGUUGGUUUAGAAAAGUAGUUUGAAGUGAUUUGUAAAAGUUUAUAGGCAACUUUUGUAAUUUUAAAAAGUGACGUUGCGUCUUGUAAAUGGGAAUUUUCCUGGAUCAGACCAGCCUUCAUGAAAGACCCAAUUGUGAUGUUUAUGGGACAUAUAGGAGUGCCAACAGAGAAGUUCGUGAAAGGUAAUGAAUGUUUUAUAUUUUUAUUUCUACGUUUUGUGUAGCGCCGGCUACCGCAAAAUCUGUUGUUUAGGUGACGUCCUGGUAUUUUGGGGGGUGCAUGCUAUCAGAUAAUAGCUUAUCAUGCUUUCGCCAAAAAAGCAUUUUACAAAUCUGACUUGGCUAGAUUCACAACGAGCGCAGCUUUAAUUCAGUACAUUGUAUGUGUGUUUUAAUGAAAGUUUGAGUUUUGUUGAAAACUAUAGGUGGCGCUCUGAAAUUUCCGCUGAUUGAUGUUCCUGCAGUGGAACUAUAUUCUGCGUCAUCCUUAAGAGGUUUUAAAGAAGUCCUCCAGCUAUUUUUGAACUUUUACUGUUGAAAAGCAAUAUCCCAAGUAUAAAUACAGUAAAGGACACACACUAAAGGGUCAAAAAAUGUAUAUGUUUUGAGCAAAAUAUUGUUUUUAGACAACUGCAAACUUCAAGGAGUAGGGCAUUCAAUGAGUUGGUCAGAUAGGAAAGCCUAAAUGUAAAAAAAAGUGAUGUCAUCAGCCUCCCCUUUGCUUGAAGAACAAUAGUGGAGCAAUAGAGAACAAAAGAGGAAAGACUGGAGUGCCACUUUAAAUUUCCUGCAUUGCAAGAAAGUUCCCCUGCAACAGGGUGUUCAAAUUAAAAUCCUACAUCUGUAGGUUUAAUUUUUUUUUUUAAUCUAGGUUCCUGCUGUUCUAGGGAGUUUUUCCUAGCCACUUUGCUUCUACAUCUGCAUUGGUUGCUCUUCUGGAUUUUAGGCUGGGUAUUUCAAAUCAUAUAAAAUUUUAUUUGUCACAUGCGCCGAAUACAACAGGUGUAGACCUUACAGUGAAAUGCUUACUUACAAGCCACACCAUGCCGUGUGCCUCCUAUUAAAGGAGAAGGGAGGGAAAUUAAUGGAGUUAUCCUAAUUGGAUUUCUCCAGAAAAUUCCUCCAUAGUUUCAGUUUCCAUUCCAUGCAGGUAAACUGCAUCUUAGCUCUCCCCUAUGGGAAAGGCUUCAAUGUCAGUUUUGCUUGUGCCAGCUUCCUGAGGGAGUUCUGGGGAAACUCCAGAAACAUUCUGAACACCCAGGGGUCCUUGACAGCAAUGUUUGAGGUCACCAAGCUGACGGAUAAUAGCAUUAAAACUGUUAUUAUCCGUAUGUACAACGAAACUGGACAGCCGGAGGACGUUGAAGUAUGGAUGGGCAGUUACUGCAAUGUGAAGGGGCCCCUGGUCCAGGUGAAGGAUCUCGAUGGGAUCUGGACAGGGGCCUGGAGGGUCACUGUCCAGCAGAGGGAGGACCCUGGGGGCUAUGGUGGGUUGAAAGCCAUCCCAUCCAUCAUAGUCCUCAGAGAGAACUGGGGCCAUGUUCACUACCAGGACCAGCCCCAGUUGUGCCGUAAGUGUGGUGAACAUGGCCACCUAGCAGACGCCUGUGAAAAGGUGUUCUGCAUGAAGUGCCGGGAGGUGGGCCACCGCUACGUGGAGUGCACGAACGGAAGGUUGUGUUUAACUUCUGUUGCGAGCGGUCCCACCUCGUCCGCGGAUGGCGGUCGCAGACCGGGCUUCUGAGCGCCAGUUGGAAAGAACGGCAGUUGUCGAGGUGGUGGAGGAGGCCGUUGUGGAGACGGUGGUAGUGAAGGUGGUGGCUGUGGAGGGUGCGGAAGGUGCAGUUGUGGAAGAAGUGGGAGGAGAGGAUGAAACCCUCCCCACCCCAAUCCCCCCUCUCCCACACAAAAAAUGAAAUGCUGAGGAUCUCUCUGACCCCGAAACAGGGUGAGGAGAAAAAGGGCACAGUGGAAUGGGAGAGCUCCCAGUUAUAAAUUCACAGACAACACAAAGAUUCCUUGAUGUCCUUCCAGAUUUCCUCUGUCUACCCAAGGACGCCAGAGGACAAAAAUCAGUUAACCACCUAACUGAGGAACUCAAUUUAACCUUGCGCAAUACCCUAGAUGCAGUUGCACCCCUAAAAACAUUUCUCAUAAGAAACUAGCUCCCUGGUACACAGAAAAUACCCGAGCUCUGAAGCAAGCUUCCAGAAAAUUGGAACGGAAAUGGCGCCAGACCAAACUGGAAGUCUUCCGACUAGCUUGGAAAGACAGUACCGUGCAGUACCGAAGAGCCCUUACUGUUGCUCGAUCAUCCUAUUUUUCUAACUUAAUUGAGGAAAAUAAGAACAAUCCGAAAUUCAGGAACUUUUUUGAAGAAAAGAUCAUGAUUAUUAGAAAGCAAAUUACGGACUCCUCUUUAAAUCUGCGUAUUCCUUCAAAGCUCAGUUGUCCUGAGUCUGCACAACUCUGCCAGGACCUAGGAUCAAGAGAGACACUCAAGUGUUUUAGUACUAUAUCUCUUGACACAAUGAUGAAAAUAAUCAUGGCCUCUAAACCUUCAAACUGCAUACUGGACCCUAUUCCAACUAAACUACUGAAAGAGCUGCUUCCUGUGCUUGGCCCUCCUAUGUUUAACAUAAUAAAUGGCUCUCUAUCCACCGGACGUGUAUCAAACUCACUAAAAGUGGCAGUAAUAAAGCCUCUCUUGAAAAAGCCAAACCUUGACCCAGAAAAUAUAAAAAACUAUCGGCCUAUAUCGAAUCUUCUAUUCCUCUCAAAAAAAUGUGAAAAGGCUGUUGCGCAGCAAGUCACUGUCUUCCUGAAGACAAACAAUGUAUAUGAAAUGCUUCAGUCUGGUUUUAGACCCUAUCAUAGCACUGAGACUGCACUUGUGAAGGUGGUAAAUGACCUUUUAAUGGCAUCAGACCAAGGCUCUGCAUCUGUCCUCGUGCUCCUAGACCUUAGUGCUGCUUUUGAUACCAUCGAUCACCACAUUCUUUUGGAGAGAUUGGAAACCCAAAUUGGUCUACACGGACAAUGGUUUAGAUCUUAUCUGUCGGAAAGAUAUCAGUUUGUCUCUGUGAAUGGUUUGUCCUCUGACAAAUCAACUGUACAUUUCGGUGUUCCUCAAGGUUCCGUUUUAGGACCACUAUUGUUUUCACUAUAUAUUUUAGCUCUUGGGGAUGUCAUUCGAAAACAUAAUGUUAACUUUCACUGCUAUGCGGAUGACACACAGCUGUACAUUUCAAUGAAACAUGGUGAAGCCCCAAAAUUGCCCUCGCUCGAAGCAAGUGUUUCAGACAUAAGGAAGUGGAUGGCUGCAAACUUUCUACUUUUAAACUCGGACAAAACAGAGAUGCUUGUUCUAGGUCCCAAGAAACAAAGAGAUCUCUGUUGAAUCUGACAAUUAAUCUUAAUGGUUGUACAGUCGUCUCAAAUAAAACUGUGAAGGACCUCGGCGUUACUCUGGACCCUGAUCUCUCUUUUGAAGAACAUAUCAAGACCAUUUCAAAGACAGCUUUUUUCCAUCUACGUAACAUUGCAAAAAUCAGAAACUUUCUGUCCAAAAAUGAUGCAGAAAAAUUAAUCCAUGCUUUUGUCACUUCUAGGUUAGACUACUGCAAUGCUCUACUUUCCGGCUACCCGGAUAAAGCACUAAAUAAACUUCAGUUAGUGCUAAAUACGGCUGCUAGAAUCCUGACUAGAACCAAAACAUUUGAUCAUAUUACUCCAGUGCUAGCCUCCCUACACUGGCUUCCUGUCAAGGCAAGGGCUGAUUUCAAGGUUUUACUGCUAACCUACAAAGCAUUACAUACAUGGGCUUGCUCCUACCUAUCUCUCUGAUUUGGUCCUUCCGUACAUACCUACAUGUACGCUACGGUCACAAGACGUCCCUAGAAUUUCGAAGCAAACAGCUGGAGGCAGUGCUUUCUCCUAUAGAGCUCCAUUUUUAUGGAAUGGUCUGCCUACCCAUGUAAGAGACGCAAACUCAGUCUCAACCUUUAAGUCUUUACUGAAGACUCAUCUCUUCAGUGGGUUAUAUGAUUGAGUGUAGUCUGGCCCAGGAGUGGGAAGGUGAACGGAAAGGCUCUGGAGCAACGAACCACCCUUGCUGUCUCUGCCUGGCCGGUUCCCCUCUUUCCACUGGGAUUCUCUGCCUCUAACCCUAUUACAGGGGCUGAGUCACUGGCUUACUGGGGCUCUUUCAUACCGUCCCUAGGAGGGGUGCGUCACUUGAGUGGGUUGAGUCACUGAUGUGAUCUUCCUGUCUGGGUUGGCGCCCCCCUUUGGGUUGUGUCGUAGCGGAAAUCUUUGUGGGCCAUACUCGGCCUUGUCUCAGGAUGGUAAGUUGGUGGUUGACGAUAUCCCUCUAGUGGUGUGGGGGCUGUGCUUUGGCAAAGUGGGUGGGGUUAUAUCCUUCCUGUUUGGCCCUGUCCGGGGGUGUCCUCGGAUGGGGCCACAGUGUCCUGUCUCAGCCUCCAGUAUUUAUGCUGCAGUAGUUCAUGUGUCAGGGGGCUAGGGUCAGUUUGUUAUAUCUGGAGUACUUCUCCUGUCCUAUUCGGUGUCCUGUGUGAAUUUAAGUGUGCUCUCUCUAAUUCUCUCUUUCUCUCUUUCUUUCUCUCUCUCGGAGGACCUGAGUCCUAGGACCAUGCCACAUGACUACCUGACAUGAUGACUCCUUGCUGUCCCCAGUCCACCUGGCUGUGCUGCUGCUCCAGUUUCAACUGUUCUGCCCUAUUAUUAUUGGACCAUGCUGGUCAUUUAUGAACAUUUGAACAUCUUGGCCAUGUUCUGUUAUAUUCUCCACCCGGCACAGCCGGAAGAGGACUGGCCACCCCACAUAGCCUGUUUCCUCUCUAGGUUUCUUCCUAGGUUUUGGCCUUUCUAGGGAGUUUUUCCUAGCCACCGUGCUUCUACACCUGCAUUGCUUGCUGUUUGGGGUUUUAGGCUGGGUUUCUGUACAGCACUUUGAGAUGUUUUAGCCAACAAACUUUAGACCGUUUUUACUGACUUUAAACUAUUUGACAAACUACGUGACAGUUUUAGAGUGGGUAUUGUAACCCUUUUACACAAGUAAAAUUAUAGGACUGACCUGAAAAACUGGAGACCGAUUAUCCUUUUAAACUUUGAGGUUUAAAGGUUUUAACACUCAGAAUGUCUUCUGUUUUAAGGGGAGGUGAUCCAGCCGGACCAAACCUGUGCCAUUCCCGGAAGGAAGAUCACGGACAGCCUGGUACUGAUUGAUCAGAGAUGCCAUCUGUUAUGCAAGAGACAGACACAUACAGCUUAAAUUUAGAUUUUGAUCGGAUCUCGCACCAGUACCUCUUCAAGGUACUGCAAAAAAAUGGGCUUCCCGGACAGGUUCUUAGCUUGGGUGGGACUGCUGUUUGGGGAUAUCACCAGCAAAAUCCUUGUAAAUGGGUAUUUGUCAAAAGCAGUGGGAGUACACUGCGGCGUCCAUUAGGGCUGUCCGUUAUCUCCUCUUCUGUUUGUGGCCUGCAUCAAACCAUUGGCACAGGUCUUGCGAAGGGGCCAAUGGAUCAGUGGGGUGGGUAUCCCAGGGAGAGGGGGGGGAUGACCACCAAGUGUAUUUUUUACAUGGACGAUGUCAACAUUUUAUGCACCAACCUUUUAUCUAUCGACAGGACCCUGGACAGGACUGACUGGUACGGACGAGCCUCUGGGUCGAGACUGAAGACAAGACAGAAGCCCAAUUUUUCAAGCCAUGGGCUGACCCAGACUUGACCAGACUACCACUGACAGUUAAAAUGACUGACAUAAGUGCACUGGGGGUAAAGUUUGACCGGGAGGGAGGAGGAAGUGGCAGCUGGAGUGGGAUUCUGGGGACAUUUUCGACAGAGACUGGGUUUUUGGAGACUUCAACAGCUGACUUUUGAGGGCAAGGUUUUAAUCAUUAAAGCUGUGAUUUGACCUUUUAUCAGUUCUGUUUUUAUCCCCCCACGGACAACUCUUUAGCUUUGGAAUGGAUGCGGUUUUAUGUCCUGUGGGGAAGCAAGUGGGAGAGGCUGAAGAGGGAGGUGGUCAAGAGACCCAGGUACAAGGGAGGGAAAGGCUUGCCUGUUCCUGGGCAGCUGCUAAAUCUCACUCUUGCUACCUCCCUGGUCAACAACAAUACCCAGGCCCUCGCACGGUUCUGGCCGGGAUCUUACCUCAGGGCCCUGAAGCUGAUCCUGGUCUACCUGUGAGCCCCAGUCUCUUUCCUGCUCAAAAGAGAGGAGAGCCAAGUGUUUAAGACAUUUUAAACUGGAAAAAGAGGCAAUCACGGUUUUAACUAAACAUGGCUCUCUUCUCUUUUGUGCAGGAGUGGGAACCAGUGUGUCCAGUGCGUGGGCUUGCUACAGGCGAAUCCACAACGGUUUGGCUUAACGUGGCUCAUCCUGCUCUGCUGAACCGACACCAGAACCUGCCCUGGAUGGUUGCCCACGAGAUCCUCCCGGUCAGGGCCGUUAUGCCCUCAUGGGGCAUGCCGAGGACACCCGAGUGCCCCUGACCAGGAUGCGACCAAGAUGAGUCGGUGAGGCAAUUGCUCUGCGAGUGCAGAGCCGCCAGGGACCUGUGGAAGGAAGCAGGCCCCCUGAUCUCCAUGUGUUUGCCAGCAGGGAGGACUUAAUGCCCCAGCUCGUGCUGUAUGGGGUGGGCCAAAGGCCUAUUCCACUGAAGGCCUUCACCAAGCUCUUGCCCACCCUCACAUGUCUGAAGGAUGCGCUGUGGUCCUCCUGCAACCUGCUGGUAGCGAAAUGAGUAGAGACCACCCCCCAGGCAGUGGCCAUGGUAGCCACAGAAGCCCUAGGGUGGUACAGAAGGAGGCCUCGAUCCCAGUCGAAGGGUCCCCCACAACACCUCAGGUCCUGGCGGCCAAGGCCUGACAGCGCUGCAGCGCCUAGGGGAGGGAUCUCCUCGGGGCCCUGAAGGACAGGACAGUAAUUGAUUCGGAAGAGCAGGAGGAGGCAAAUUUGUUAAGGACACCCCCCGCUCCUGUAUGUAGGUAAGGGGAGAGCAAAAGUUAUCCAUAUGGCCCACCAGAGUACUCGCCCCUACCAGUGAGCCUAGAUUUUAGUGGGCAGGAGGACACAAAACUCUUUGUGUGAAGCCUGUGUAAACGUUCGGUUGGAGACAGCCUUGCUCUGUCUAGUUGCAUUGGCUCAGGUAGAGGUGAAUUGGUAGACUUUGGAGACUCUCGGGGUUCUCUCGGUGGGGACUUCUGGGAUGCCUCGGAGGCUAGGUGGAAUUAUUGGGCGGGUGAGUGGAAUUGGACCUCCUCUACUUCCUACGUUCCCGUAGCCGCCCACUGUUCCAGAUGGUAAGGCAAUGAGCGAGUCGAGAUCCGUUGGUAGUUCCCAGGCUGCUAGCGCGUCCUUAAAAAUCAAGAGCUUUAUCUGUGCAUAUGUGUGUUUGUGUCAUAGGUGACUAAUGGCACAUGUGAUGUAUAGCUACUUGGGGGCCUGUCUACUACACCACUUUUUAACCAAGUAAAAAACAGUCAUAUAAAUGUCAACAUAUGGAUCAUAAAUUCUAAACAAAGUCUCACUUUUCUUAUUCUGACAAAAUGUACUGGUAUUGUACUCAUCUUGACUAGCCAUUGAUAUAGAGUGCAGAGGACACCUUCAGUGUGACAAAGCACGUCGAAAGAAUGAAGGAGGAAUACAAAAGAAACCAUUCUGACCUGACCCGCAGGACAAAAUGAAGAGGACUGGAUAUGCAUGGAAUGGAUAUAGACAAGAAGAUAAUUCAAGGACUCUGCAAGGCUAGUGGCAAAAUAAUAGCAGAGGUAGAGAGGCGCGGCAGGGGUAAGAUACAUCAUCAUGCUAUUUUGACAGUCCCUGAAGGAUAAUACAGAAGAGGAGCAUAGGGGUAUUUGCUCUUAUUCCUUACCGUUUCUCUGAUGUAGCAUAUACAUAGCACAUAAAAAAGAUGUAUUUUGUAAUAACAUUUUAACAUUUAAAAAAAGUGCAAAUGUAAUACGAUCUUUGCUUUAGGACUUGAGACCACAGCAGUGAUCCUGCUCUUGCCCUACCUCUUCAAUGAGGACCCGAGUGGCCUUUAUGUCUGUGACAAGAUUUCUCCGCUACCCACUCCUCUACUGCACAUAGGCGGAAAUACAUUUCACCAUGAGAUUGAAACCACGCUGGCCUUUGAUGGAGAGAAUAUCUACAGCCUAGAGGAAGUCUCCAAUGGGACUUGGGGCUCUGCUAGGGAUGUAUUUUUUGUCAAAUUUACCCAAAAUGUCAGAAAAACACUUAUGCUCUUGUGUUCUGGGCUCAAAGUGAAGUUGGGGUUACAAGGGCCGGUCAUAAAGAUCUCAAACUUCCUUUCUUAACUAAGUGGUUGUUGGGCAAGUGUUUGUUGGACACACACACUUAAGCAAAUACAUCCAAUGUGUAUUUAGCAUCAAAUCUACAAUAUUGUUAGUUUACCUGCAUUUAUUUUUAAUGUAUGUUGUUUUUUUGUACAUAAUUAUUUAAAAAAAUAAAGUUAAGUAUUAUACAAAUUAAAUGUAUUAUUUACAGAAAUGCUGUAUUUUUUUAUGGGCUUUGUUUGGUAAAUUGUGUAAAUAUUAAUUCACAUUUGUGGUGUCACUAAAUAAACAAUUAAUUAUUUAAAUCAA